AUGGAAGCCUCUCUCAAAGUCCAUUCUCUUCUUUCCUUCACUUUGAUUCUUGCAUUCUCAAUUCUAUGUGAAUCUGCUUCUGAUUAUGGCUUCACCACGGAGCUGAUCCACCGCGACUCGCCGAGGUCCCCCUACUACAACCCGGCCGACACCCCAUAUCAACGACUGGCCAAUGCCAUUCGCCGGUCCAUUUCCCGUGCCCACCUUCUCAGCCUAAACUCUGGUGGCGCCACCCGGGACACCCCCUCUGCGGUGAUUACCGCCGCCGGGGGGGAGUACAUUAUGAAGGUGUCGCUCGGGACCCCGCCGGUCGACUUUCUGGGGAUCGCCGACACGGGGAGCGACCUCAUAUGGACGCAGUGCAAGCCGUGCACGGAUUGCUUCGAGCAAGCGAGCCCCCUCUUUGACCCGAGCAAGUCCUCGACGUACAAGAAUGUCUCGUGCCAAACGUCGCAGUGUGAAGUGGUCCGCCAAACCUCCUGCGGCGGGGGAGGGAGCCUUUGCGAGUACUCUUACGCUUACGGUGAUCAAUCAUACACUCAGGGAAACCUAGCCACAGACACCUUCACCUUGGGGUCCACCUCCGGCCGGCCGGUGAGCUUCCCGAAGCUGGUCUUCGGGUGUGGCCACAGCAACGGUGGGACCUUCGAUAAUCGCGUGGACGGACUCUUCGGGCUCGGGGGUGGCGACGCCUCGCUCGUAACCCAGCUGGGCACUGCCACCGGCGGGAAAUUCUCCUAUUGCUUGGCGCCCACUUCCCCGGAUGAAAAAACUAGCAAGUUGAACUUCGGGGCCAAUGCCGGGGUCACCGGCGACGGCGCCGUCUCCACUCCUCUAAUCCAAAAGGAUCCGAAGACUUUCUACUACCUAUCCCUAGAAGAGGUAAGCGUCGGCGAGACGAAGAUAGACUUCCCAUCCGACGGAUCUUCCUCUUCCGCGGACGAAGGCAACAUCAUCAUCGACUCGGGCACGACCUUGACGCUGCUGCCUCAGGAUUUGUACUCCCAGAUUGAAGAUGCCGUGGCCAAGGCCGUUGACUUGCCCAAGGCGAGCGACCCGACUCAGCUCCUCAGCCUUUGCUUCCGUGUCGAGUCAGAUGCCCAGCUCAGCCUUCCGACCGUGACCUUCCAUUUCAAGGGCGCAGACGUGGAGCUGAGCCCAACGAACACCUUCGUUCAAGUCGCCGACGGCAUCAUAUGCCUCUCGUUCAGACCGGAGAAGGUGUCGAUUUUCGGCAACUUGGCGCAGAUAAACUACUUGAUCGGAUACGACAUUCAGAACUCGAAGUUGUACUUCAAGCCUGUUGAUUGCGCCUCGAACUGA